UCACUACAACCUAUUCCAACUGUUGCUGCUCUUCACUUAAACAAAAAAUGAGCUUGCGCAGUGCUGCCCCUCGUGCGGCCGUUCUUCGUUCGGCCGCUUUACGUCCAGCUGCUCCACGAAUGGCAUUCACAGCUUCGUCAAUCGUUGGUGCUCGCGGAUAUGCCGACAAACCAUCACCUGAAACUCGUGCAUCUGCUUUGUUGGUUGUUUUGCCAGGAAACUCAAUCGUUACAAAAGCUGGUUGGGUUACUUUGGGAACAAGUUUGUCCGCUUUAGCCGUCUCGAAAGAAUUGUACGUUGCAAACGAAGAAACCGUCAUUUUGGUCGCCUUCUUGGUCUUCGCUACCUUUUUGGGCCGUACAGUUUCAGCUCCAUACAAAGAAUGGGCUGAUGGACAAAUUGAAAAGAUUUCCAGCAUCUUGAACGGCGCUCGUAAGGAACACACUCAAGCCGUUCAAAGCCGUAUCGAUUCCGUCAGUGAACAACGUGACGUUGUUGAUAUCACAAAACAACUAUACGCAGUUGCCAAGGAAACCGCUCAAGUUGAAAAGGAAGCAUUCGAGUUGCAACAACGUACCAGCCUUGCAGCCGAAUUAAAGACCGUUUUGGACAGCUGGGUUCGUUACGAAUCUCAAGAACGUGAAGCCGAACAAAAGUUGUUGGCAAAGACUGUUAUCGAAAAGGUUACCGCUUCGCUCAGAGAUGAAAAGACACAAAAGCAAAUCCUUGACAAUGCCGUUGCUGAAGUUGAAGCUUUGGUCAAGAGCAAGGCUGUCUAAAUAUAGAGUGGAAAUAAACAAAGCGGUACGUUUUGAGGACAAUUGUUUCUCACAAUGGAUCAUAUAAUAUACGACAUGUGUUUCACGUCCAUGUAGGAGAGGAUGAAAUGCAACAUCAGAUACGAAAGACGAUAUGAUACGAUGGUGUACAGCGUGUUUGGAUGAUUAAGAGUGGUAGAGUAUGCAGGUGGGCUUGAUCAUUAGCAGAUUGACCGAUUAGAGAAACAUCAUGCGAUACGAUUAGAAGGAUCACGAUUAUGUAGCAUUCUCAACUUUGUGACGGGCGAAGAGUUGGAUUAAGUUGGAUUUUG